GCGCGCAACAACAUACACCAAACAAACCACUUGAAGCGAGUUUUCUUCCUGUUACCCAGGGGUAGGCACCUCCACUCGCUACUUUCUACAUUCCCCUUUUAAUUUUUUUGACCAAUCCCUGGCACCAGCCCAGAUGUUAUCCAGGCACCAAACCUUUGUCCGGGGCUUCCCGUUUUUAUGCUCUAGUUUCCGAAGGGUUUCUACUUUCGGAACUACCCCAAGCUGCCCCACUAUUCACACAGUCGGAAGGGUGCGGCGAAUACGUGGUGGGAAUCCCAACUGGACUUCGCCGUUGGGCCGCCAAAAAUUGUUCAGCAAUGCUCCUCCGAAUCCCAAUUCUUCUUUAGGGUUGCAUUUGAGGGAUCAGUGUCUACUUUUAGAUGUUACAGUUUCUGCUCUUGGGUUCACCGGACGAUCAAAUAGACGGAGUUUCUCAACUUCGGCCUCCCUAGUUGCUCAGGCGGGACAUAAAGGGUCAUCCGGGGACACAGAUAGUGCUGAUUUUGAGGGUGGGGUAGGAAGGCAAGGCCGGGAUGGUACGGGAAGUCGGGAUUCUAGGCAUAGUUCUAAAGCUACUGAUAGCAAUGGACGAGUAUUAAAGGUCAACACAAAAAAAGGGGCACUGGACAUUUUGAAGAUGAUUCGUGCGGAAGUUGCGAAACUUCUAUGGAGUGAGACCAAGGAGGAACCCAAGGAGGAACUCAAGGAGGAAGCCAAGGAGAAACCCAAGGAGAAACCCAAGGAGGAACUCAAGGAGGAACUCAAGGAGGAACUCAAGGAGGAACUCAAGGAGGAACUCAAGGAGGAACUCAAGGAGGAAGCCAAGGAGGAAGCCAAGGAAGAGACCAAGGAGGAAGCCAAGGAGGAAGCCAAGAAGGAAGCUAAGGAGGAGAUCAACGAGGAAAUCAACGAGGAAAUCAACGAGGAAAUCAAGGAGGAAACCAAGGGUGAAAUCAAGGAGGAAAUCAAGGAGGAAAUCAAGGAAGAAAAGGUUAGCCCAAUAUCGGCGGACCCUGCUGUGGAAAAAGCAUUGAAGGGUCCACCCCGCGAAAUUCCAGACAAGUCAUCCUUCGUCUUGCAAAGUAACUAUGCAGACGUCAUCGCUGUGGAAAAAGCAUUGAAGGAUCCACCCCGCGAAAUUCCAGACAAGUCAUCCUUCGUCUUGCAAAGUAACUAUGCAGACGUCAUCGCUGUGGAAAAAGCAUUGAAGGAUCCACCCCGCGAAAUUCCAGACAAGUCAUCCUUCGUCUUGCAAAGUAACUAUGCAGACGUCAUCGCUGUGGAAAAAGCAUUGAAGGAUCCACCCCGCGAAAUCCCAGACAAGUCAUCCUUCGUCUUGCAAAGUAACUAUGCAGACGACAUCAUUGAGGAAUUGAAGCAACCGGAGGUCCCCGAAAACAAUUCUCCCAAACAGGAGCAGUUUGUGGAGCAAAGCUCUUACUCAUUUCUUAGACUUGAUUUAGAAGAGCAAGGGUCUUCUCCCAACACCACGUCAACUAUAGGUAUCCCUGAUUUUAGUUCUUGUGUUGAUGAGAGGGCUUCGGAAGUUACAGAUUCAGAGACUAGUGGUUUCUCGCCCCGUGAAACCUCCGAAUCGGGUAAUAACUCACCCUGUGGAGUAUCUGAGAAAACGCAGGUCGAGAUUGAUACACAUUCAACAAUUGUUAAGACUCCCGCGCCAGCAAAGAGAGCGGAGAAGGUGACCGUGGCAAAAGCUAGAGAGCGCAAGGCAGUUGUUGCCAUCGAGAAAGCUAUCGAGAAAGCUGAGACUGUCACUGAAGUUGAAGCUCCGCCAAAACCAAAGACUGGCAAGUCAUUAGUUGAGUUCGCUAAACCGCUUCGCUGGACAGAACAGCCAUACGCUCCGUUAACCUAUCAUAUAUCCGACGAGACGUUAUUUAAAAAAUUCUCCUUGAAAGAUAAUAGUCCCUUGAGGUAUUGGCGCUACGAUUUAUAUACGUGCAGCACGGGGGGGGAGAAGGUCAAUGUCCAUUAUUGCAAAACAAUUGAGGAGUUUGAUCGGGUGGCCGAAUUGUUUCUUAAUGAUAAUAUUCUCGGUUUUGAUUUGGAAUGGGUACCCGCGAACUAUUCGGCCUCAAAAUCCGCAAAAGUCAACGCAUCGUUGAUGCAGAUAGCAAAUGAAAGCGACAUCGCAUUAUUCCAUUUUGCCAGAGUUCCAGGCCAGAUUCCCGAUUUUGAGUUGGUACCGCCAAAUCUUAGAAGAGUGUUGGAGUCAGAGAAUAUCAUGAAAGCAGGCGUAAGUGUGACAGGCGAUGCAAAGAGAGUCUCUAAAUUCCUUGGUGUCCACUCUGCUGGAAUUUUCGAGCUGUCUGAUCUGUGGAAUCUUGUCCAUGAUGUGAGAACCUUGGCAGGUUCUAUUACUCGACGUUUGAUUGCUCUUUCUAGAUUAACUGAGGAAUGCCUCUAUCUUCCCUUAGACAAGAGCGCCUCAAGGAUAAGCAAUUGGGCGGUUGAGUUAAGUAAUAAACAAGUACAAUAUGCGGCGAAUGAUGCCUAUGCGGCAUUCCGCGUCUUCGACGCAUUAGAGAGGGAAAGACGUGAACUUACUCCUAUUCCUAGGUUUCCAGGGUGCCGAAUCAUACCCCCACAGGAGCCGCCUUCCGACAACGACUAUCCUAUCAUUGAAGAGGAGGUAGAAGAGUACGAUUAUGAACCAGAACGCACCAACCUUGAUGGACCUGAGGUCGAAGCGGCCAAUUCAUGGGCAACCAUGUUUUUGAGUGCGCUUGCCGGAAGUGGUAUAGAAGCAAAGGCUCAACAUUCACAGCUAAAGGCCUAUUCGCUGUGGCACGGCGGGGAGCACUCUGUGGAAGAAAUCACGAAACUUUGUCGGAACCCACCUUUAAAAGAGACGACGGUUGUCAUGCACAUCUUGGAAGCUAUUCAGCUCGAGAAUCUCCCCUAUGAUGAUGGAAAAUUAGCAGAGUUGAGAAGGCGUAUCCCGAAGCCAUUCGUAAAUGGCAAGUAUCAUUGGGUAUUCUCUGCGCCCAAUAAGGAUGUUGGGAAUAGGGAUGUCUACCUUUAG